AAUAUUUAUAAAUUAAUUUCAUAAUAGUAUUUAAAUACUUUUCGACAUUUAGUAAACUUGUGUUUGAUAACAAUAAAGUUAGUAAAAUAAUUUCUUAUAUUUGACGUGUGCUAAAAAAAGAAAAAGAGAAACAAGAAUUCAUUAUGGAGUUAAAAUAUUUAUUUUUAACAUAACCCAACUGCGUCAGCCGUAAAGAAACCGAAUAAGAAGAAACGCGAUGUGCGCUGCGAUAGACAUGCUCGCGUCGGAGCAAAUGUUCUACGGCCACAGCCCACCGGCCGGAUUCUUGACGGAUUAUACGCAUACUCCUCAAGUAAGAAGACCUUCGAUGCUUUCGACACGUGGAUUUUCAGCACCAUGUCUCUCAGUUCUCAAACCAGUGCAACUCACCCUGAAAUCAGCCCCACGGUCCUGCAUCAGACUAUCUACAGAUAAAAAGAACAAACGCGUUGUGUUUGCCGACGACAGAGGGUACGCUUUGGAACAAGUUAAAUUCAUGACUGAACCCUCGCACGUGCCUCCAUAUUGGGCAUUGAAAAUAAUCCCCAGUCCGUCGCCAGAACGAAAACCCCCACCACAAAGUGCCGUUGAUUUAUGGGAGCCGAGGUUCCCACAGCCGGCGUCCGACUACUUGGAAUUCCGAAGGCGGAUCACGGAGUGUUGUGUCUCGUUAGAAAACGUAAUAGUGAAACAGAACGAAUGCGCAGUGGACGGGACCGUGAAGGUGAAAAAUCUGGACUUCAACAAGGAAGUCUUCGUGCGAGCGACAUCCGACGGCUGGCGUACCGAGGAAGACACAUAUUGCGCGUUCGUCGAAUCCGGCCCGUUGAGCAAGAACGGCGUAUCGACAUACGACACGUUCGGCUUCAGACUGCAGCUACCGAUCCAUUCCCGAAGGCUAGACUUCUGUGUGUGCUUCCGUUGCAAAGGCAACGAGUACUGGGACAAUCGGAACGGCGAAAAUUAUACAAUAGAGAAAUCUUCCGUUAGGAAAUCGCCGGCGAUCGCGUGUGCACGAAUCAACUAUGGAAAUUCGUGGACGGUUAAAGCGAACGAUAAUGGAAACACGCCGUACUGGUGAAAGGUGCUAUCGUUGUCGCUUUUGGUAUCAGUGUCUAUUAAUGGCGACCGCCAGUCUGUGAUCUUGUGCCAUACCUUCGAAACUUCGCGGAGCUGAGGUUUGUAGUCGUUUAUUUCUAAGCUCGAAGAUAGACUGCUCUCAGUAAUUUAUAUUUUUAUAUCUUUAGUCUUAUAGUGAGACUGAUGAACGUCGGUGAGAAUAAUUAUAUUUUUAUAAGAAUUAUAAAGUGCUCAAUUGAACGGAAGUGGGCUCAGUGGGUGCGCUUAGAAUUUACUUAUGGACUUAUUGUGAAUUAAAAAAAAACACAUCGACAUUUCAUUUAUAGUGGACUUAUUUAAAAAUGAAUUGCAUACAAAUUUUGUAUAAUAUCCGAAUAGUUUUGAUCCUU